AUGGCGAGUGAUGUCGCCGCGGCAAUGCAGCAGGUCGACGGGCUCAUCAGCAGCAUAGACAGCAAGAUCGACCAACAAUCACAGCACAGUCCUGGUUCGCACUCCUCAUCAACGAAGUCACACGAUAGCGGUUUGGAGGAUGCACCUACCAAGAACGCCGCGACGAAGCAGUUGUCAAGAAAGGCGUCGAGUAUGUCACAACACAGUGUGUCGCCAGUGCUCGAGCAACUGCAACAACUGAUCGUAUCGGACGAAUGGGUUGGCAAAGAAAGUUCACCACAGUUUCAUCCACAGCUUGCUAAGACUCGAUCACGAGACAGCCAGCGCCUUUCGGACCUUGGAAGGACUUUGGUCACGUCGUCAUCGCUCAAAGCAUACAUCGACCUUCUAAGCAGUCACCACAGACAGAGCAUUGCUUCUUGGUUGUAUGGAAACACUAGUCAGGCAUUGAGCCAGCAGUUCAGAUUUCCUGAUGCAAAUGUACACUGCUCUGAAUCUGAGGCUACUUUGGCACUUUCCGUCAGAAAUGGAAUUGGACAUGCGCUUCGUUUGGCAUUGAAGGAUGCUUAUGGAAGCGAUUAUAUCAACAAUGGGUGGAAGACGUUUUUGGAAAAGGGAGCUCCAGUCGUAUACGUCACACCUGCUCUUCAUAUGGACCUAGCUUCUUAUAUUGCCUCAGAGUUUGGAAUCGCUGAUGUAGUGUUGUUACCGAAGCUUGAAGGGGAUAUGAGCGAAAUUGAAGGCAGAAUUGAUCACCACGCAUUCGAACGUAUCCUCGAUGAGGACGUUGCUGCCGGUAGAAAGCCUUUGUUAGUGAUAGCUGUUGUUGGAUCGACAAUUCUCGGACAAAACGACAUGGUUUCAAAAAUCCUUGAGAUUCGGAAGAAACAUCGCUUCUGGCUUCAUAUUGUUGGUCAGGCAGUUGCAGCUUUAACCUUACGCGAUCCCACCGAGGUUCUCGUCCACGUUCUCACUCAGGUCGACAGCGUUACUCUUCCACUGGCGCUUUGGUUAGGAAUCCCUGCCGCACCCGUAGUUACCCUCCACAGGGCACUGGAAGGCCAUAAGCCCACGUAUCGAGAAAAGUUGGACACGUUACCGUGGUGGGUCGCCACUCAAACCUUAACCAGCAAGGGCAUUACCGACAUUAUUGAGAAUGCUUAUUUACUUUGUAAAGUCAUGCUGAAAGGUCUCUCAACGUUCUCACAAAUAGAGAUAGUUGGAAUGGAUAAUGCAGUGGAAUUUGCUACUAGAGUUUACAAAAACCAGUAUACGGCUCCUACAGUUCUAAUCUUCAAGUAUCGCUACCUAGCUGCAAAGGAAGCAACCAAGGCUUUCCGAGAGUUAUGUCAGAAACCCGAGAAAGAGGCGAACCAGGAAGCACUUUUACAGGCAGAAAAAGUUAUGAAAGAUGAAUGUGAAUAUGGAGACUCCCUGAACUCCUGGCUAGGUCAGGGAGUUGUGUCCGAAUGUCAGUCUCUGGGUAUUCAUAUGAUUGAGUUAGGCGGCAGUUAUGGAGUAGCCUUCCGUUUCUGCCCACUCGAACAUGCAGCGGCCCUCUCAUCCCACGUCGAUCACGUCCAACAAUUCAUCCGAUUGCUCGGUGGAGUGCUAAAGAUUGUUGACUCAACUGUCGCUGCUCGGGCGGGCUUCGAAAAGUUGAAAAGUGAAUAUCCAUCACUUGCUUUACUACCCGUUCAUAAAUGGGCAGGAGUUGGAGCAGUUUGUUAUGUGCCCUCAAUUAUCAAAAGCAAAACGCCUGCGGACUGGGAUGAAAAGGACAAGCAGCAGAUUUCCCACAUGAAUUUGGAACUUGUUCAUCAGCUGCGAUCUGUUGACUCUGCAUUUUCUACAGGAGAUUGUGCGACAUACGGUGUUGCAUGCGUGAAGUUCGGAAUGCUAUCAGAUGCUAAAGACCUUGCCGAUUUGUUAAAAAUGGUUGCCGAGAAAGGACAAGAAAUUGAAACGAACCAACAGUACCUGGAUAGUCUAGCCGAACUGAUUCGGCAAGGAAUAGAAGCUGCAAACGAAGAUCUCAAGAAAGAAAAUGACCUACGGCUUCAGCAGGAGGGUGUGAUACGGCAAUUACCAAUCAUGGGAUCUUUGGUUAAUUGGUGGUCACCUAUAGAGAAGGACGGACGAGUGCGUGGACGGUUUUUCAAUUUGAAUACAGGUGAAAUUCAAACAACCGAUGUUCUAUACAAGAAUAAGCGAAGUUCACCAACAACAGCGAAGGCACAUGCCCCAACAGAGCCAAAAUCGCAAGAGAAGGACGAGAGGAGAAAUAGGCGGUUACAUAACGCGGGUACGGGAAAUAACAUUCGCUACAUGUUGGAACUGCGCGAGAGCUCCUCAUGUUCAUGCUAUUGCUAUCCUCAACGUAUUCGACGUGUGCGUGUGACCAUUGAAUGAGAAAGACCCAGUUUGUCUUCCACAUCCAAGUGAAAAUGCUUUCAAUUCCAUGUCCAAGGGGUUCUAAACGUAUUGUUGUGCAACAUUAAACUGUGAUAACUUUGGGUUAUUUAUUGGAACAACCGGUAAGCUGUGUUACUUUCUUGCGGUGGCGAAAGGUCGCGACUACGUUACUUCACUAAAACUUUCUUCACCAGUAUUUCCACUCAUUUGCUACUCACCAUUGUAUAUUUUCGAUGUCUUGUUGAUGCGCUCCACACAAUCUUGCUUUUCGUCCUAAUGACAGUAAUGGGCACAAUGUCUAUGUCUCAUAAUUCUCUGAGAAUGGGUCUACACUCCCGCAAAAGUGAGCUGAUCACUUAUUAGACGUUUAAUUAACAUUUGUACUGUAUAACAUUGUUGAGAAUGAGUUUUACUUUAGUUAUUGAAGUCGAGUUGUAUGAGUCCUUCAUUGCUUUCGGGGUGAAAGUAUCUUAAUAAAGCAUUAUAAUGAAG